CUGGAGCCAGCAGUUGUCUAUGGUGGAGUACGCCCACAACACGUUGCCAGUGUCAUCCACGGGCCUAUCACCAUUUAAGUGUAGUGUAGGUUACCAGCCACCUAUCUUUCCUAGUCUGGAAUCCGAAGUCGCGGUCCCCUCCGCCCACGCCUUCGUCCAGCGGUGUCGCCGCACUUGGACUAGAGCCCGUGAGACUCUACUCCAAGUGGGGGCGCGCACCAAGGUCAAAGCCGAUCGCCACCGGCGGAGACCUCCCGUAUACGUCGUCGGUUCUAAAGUGUGGCUUUCAACUAAGGACAUUCCACUCCGUUCCAUUUCGAAUAAACUUGCACCCAAAUUCAUUGGCCCGUUUGCUGUCACCAAAAUCAUUAGUCCGGUGACAGUCCGUCUGAAUCUUCCUCCAGUGUACAGGAGGAUUCAUCCCGUUUUUCACGUUUCCAAAGUCAAACCUGUCUUUUAUGCUCGCAUUAAUCCGCCAGUCCCGGUUCCCCCCCCGCCGCGUCUCGUAGAUGGGGAACCCUCUUAUUCGGUCAAUCGUGUGCUGGACUCGAGACGGAGGGGGCGCGGAUUCCAGUACCUGGUGGACUGGGAAGGUUACGGUCCGGAGGAGAGAAGUUGGGUACCGGCCAGAGACAUCCUGGAUCACUCCCUUAUCGAUGAUUACAAUCGGCAGGUAAGGGAGUCUGGGAACGCCAGGAGGCGUUCCUAGGGAAGGGGGUACUGUCACGGUUGGUAAAUCCUAUGUCUUCUUCUCGUCUCGUGUUUCUGUUAUUGUUGUGUGUGUGUGCGCUGAUGGGGGGGCGUGCCGCUCUAUCAGCGCUCAUCAGCAAUCAUCACCACCAGCUGCAGUUAAUCUUCUUGUGUAUAUAUUCUCAUCAACUUCUCAUCUCCUUUGUCAGAUCG